AUGGAAGUAUGUUAUCAGCUGCCGGUCUUGCCUCUAGACAGGCCGGUUCCCAAGCACGUCCUCAGCCGGAGAGGAGCCAUAAGUUUUAGCUCCAGCUCUUCCCUUUUUGGGGCUCCUGAUCCGAGGCAACUGUCACAGAGACGUGGGGCCAUCUCCUAUGACAGCUCUGACCAGACGGCCCUGUACAUUCGUAUGCUAGGAGAUGUGAGAGUCAGAAGUCAGGUGGGAUUUGAACCGGAACGAAGGAGCUCGCACCCAUACCUGUGCAUCGACUUUCGAACUCUUCACACACGGCUGGGAUGUGGCUCCGAUGUGGCGUCCGCUCCAGAAAGGAGAGUCCACAGGCUGUUGAGUUUCCAGAGAUACCUGCACUCAUCCCGUCUGCUCAGAGGAAUCCCACAGCAGAUGCCUUUGCACAUCCUCGAUGAAGACUACACUGGACAGGCCAGGUGCAUGCUGGAUAAAGUUGGGAACUGGAACUUUGAUAUUUUUCUUUUUGAUAGACUGACAAAUGGAAACAGCCUGAUCACCCUGACCUUUCAUCUCUUGAACCAGUAUGGCCUGGUGAAGCUCUUUCAGCUGGACAUGGUCAAACUCUGGAGGUUUCUGGUCAUGGUUCAGGAGGAUUACCACGGUGAUAACCCUUACCACAAUGCUAUCCACGCUGCAGAUGUCACACAGGCCAUGUACUGCUACAUGACAGAGCCAAAGCUUGCAAAGUCUCUGACCUCAUACGACAUCCUGCUGGGGCUGCUUGCAGCUGCAACUCAUGACUUGGACCAUCCAGGGGUUAACCAGCCUUUCCUAAUCAAGACUAACCAUUAUUUAGCUUCCCUGUACAGGAAUACCUCUGUUCUUGAAAACCAUCACUGGAAGUCUGCGGUGGGCCUGCUCAGGGAGACGGGGCUGUUUUCACACAUGCCUCCAGAGGACAGCCGGAGCAUUGAGAGGGACCUUGGUUCCUUAAUCUUGGCAACUGACAUCAGCCAACAGAACGAGUACCUGUGCCGCUUCCGCCUCCAACUGGACCAGCAGAUUCUGUGUUUGAGCAGCUCUGGUCACCGCCACUUUAUCCUGCAGAUGGCCCUCAAAUGUGCAGACAUUUGUAACCCCUGUCGACCAUGGGAGCUAAGCAAACAGUGGAGUGAGAAAGUGACUGAAGAGUUCUUCCAACAAGGUGACAUAGAAAAGAAGCACCAUCUUGAAGUCAGUCCACUUUGUGACCGAGAGGCGAAUAGUGUCGGCAACAUUCAAAUAGGAUUUAUAACGUAUGUGGCAGAACCUCUGUUUGCCGAAUGGGCCCGUUUCUCAGACACUCGUCUGUCCCAAACCAUGCUGGGCCACAUGGGACUGAACAAGGCUAGCUGGAGCGGCCUGCAGCAAGAACAAAGCUCUGGCUCCCAAGAGCCCACCACUGCAGCCUCAAAAGAUGGGGGCGCUGCUGGAACGACAGAGGGAACUAGCUCCAAAGAAUUACCUCAGGGAAGCAGUGCAUCCUGA